UGUCGAAAGCACCAGACAUGCACACAUUAAUUCUUUAGCCAUCCGACCCGAUCGAGACAAAACGGGCCGACAAAAGAAUCCGAGAAGAAAUGGCAGUCAUCUGAUAAAUGGUCUCGACCCGGCUGUUGUGAAAAAAUUAUCUGGCGCUUCUAUGCUUGGUGAUUUACCUUGCGUUAAUAAAAGAGAUGAUUCGGACGACAAUCCUACUUCACCUUCAUCUCGAGCAGAAUCGGCUCCAGCUGUUGACAUCCGUCCCACGCCUUGUGACGAAAUUCUUACAACCCUUCGGGAAAUCGAGCAGAUUUGUCUGCAGCUGCGAGACGUAGCCCCGGUGUCGCCUAUGGCUCGACCCACUCUUCUAGACUGCGUUCACCGUCCUUCGCUCAUCACCCCCAGAUCUCAGCUCAUUUUUGACGGCUCAAAUGGUCCGGGAAGUCUUACAACAAUCUCGGAAAAUGUGCGACGGAUGAUUGUGCUGGUUUUCGACUAUGCCAACACAUUAAAACCGAUUGCUGACAUCUUGCCGGAAGAAAAGGACCAGACGUUCUCUCGUCGAAACUAA